CGGGGUCACGGUCGUCAUUUCGAAGCUGAACAACAACAGCAAUGGCCUAGUUUACAAGGAAAAGAAAUGUCUACAGUGGCACAAUGUGUCUCUGGCUUCGGCCAGGGAGCAGACACAUCCGCCGUGCUUACAAAUCGUUCAAAAUACAUCACCAUUAUAGCAGAUGAGCCGUAUUUUUCGCGGCAUUCAAGAUGUAAUACUUUUCCACAAGCGCGACAUAGGAAGGGAACCAGACCAAUGCACAAAUCCACGCUAACUUACGAAGUAAAACCAGUUAAGACUUCGUAUGUCAGCUGUAUGAAGUCGAACUUUUCUGGACAAAAGAAUUUACAACCUAGUAGGAGACCUCCUCCUUACCCAUCUCAGCACACAUCACACUUCAGUAUUGGAAUUGUACCAGGACACGACCUUGAUACACACUCUAGGAAGACAUUUGUGAGGCAUCAUACUAGUCCAGCCAAAGAAAUCCAUGAGGAUAACAUCAGAUGGAACAGACAGAUGGCAGGAAUUGAUAUGAUUCAAUCAACAAGACAGCAAGGUUCUCAGGAGAUGAACUUCUCAACCACUUAUUGCAAUGUGCAUGAUUUACUUGGAAGACAACAAGGUCCUGGGGUUAGGAGAAUUCCAACAAUUCCUUAUUCUUAUAACAUCAUCACAGGUGAGCCUCAGUCAAGUCAGUUGGGAGAUGACUUAAAACUCAUAUCUGGGAACAGAAUUCUGAGCAGUGCUCGGCAAAGUGAUGGAGAACAGUCUAUUCUUGGAUAACAAUCCUCAAUCCAAUUUACUAAACAAUGAAGAAUGGUUCAUAUGAAGACAAAUUUGCACUUAAACACCUGUAGAUUGAUGCAUUCUUACUUUAUGGUAUUCAAAGUCGAGGUCCUGGGAAUGUUGGACUUGGUAAUUUCAUUGUGUUGUGUUUUUCAAUGGCCUGUUGUCAAUUUACAGCAAAAUUGUGUAACUACAUAGCAGAAAAAGACAGGCAUGCCACUUUAUGGAAUUAAGUUAUUUUUUUUCAGACCAGCAAGUUAGUUGAAUGUAAUGAAGGCAAUAUUUUGUAGGCCUUGUGAAAGAUAAUUUGGGGAAAAUUAUCGAUUUUUUUAACUGUUGUGCUACACUUAAGGAAAGUUGUACUUCUCUUAUUUAUGGAAUAAACCCUAAGUAUU